AUGAAAAGACAAUCUACCCAUGAUUUAGAGCAGUUACAGUCAAAAAGGGGAAGCUAUGACUGGGAUCAAUACUUAAGACCUAACCCGUUGUAUUAUCCGCACGCUAUAGACGCUAAAGGAGCUCUUGAAUUUAAUAAUGGAAAAAGAAAGAGACCAUACGAUGAGCUACAGGGUUUGUUAUCCAAGCAAAAUAGACCUGGUGAAAACGUCAAGACGGUUAUACAUUGGUUUAGGAAUGAUCUCCGGAUUCACGAUAAUACGGGCUUCUACACAGCCGUUGAAGAAUCCCAAAGAUUGGGGGCCAGGAUAUUGACAAUUUUUACAAUUAACCAGAACGAUUGGAUUGCUCAUUUGGAUAGUAAUCCUAAACUGACACUUAUGUAUCAAUCGUUAAAGUCUUUACAUGGUAAACUAUCAGAACUGGGUAUUCCGUUAUACACUUUAGUAUUCGAUUCCGGAGAACCAAAGUUAUCGAAUUCAAUGCAGUUUGUCAUUUGGCUUAGAGAUCAAUGUCUGAAGAUCUCUAAUGGUGCUAUUUACCUUACCGCUAAUGCAGAGUAUUUGGCAGAUGAGUUGUACAGGGACAUUAGGGUGUUUGCUGUUAGUGAUGAAAAGUUUCAAUUCAAUGUUUUCCACGAUACCUGCAUUGUGGAGCCAGGCGUUUUGAAAACAAAUCAAGAUUCUCCAUAUACGGUUUUUUCUCCAUGGUACAAGAAAUGGUGUUUACGUGUAAUGGAUGGUAAAUCAUCGACCAAUUUGAUAGAACCGCUAGUCCUAGAGAAACGAAUAUACAACGAUGAUGAAGAAUUUGUGCAUAAGGAAUUUAGUUACUAUCUGCCUUCGCAAUUCCUCUCUUCUACAACCAUUCCUGAUGCAUCUGAAGAUGCUGCUUGGUCAAGGUUAACUACUUUUCUUCAAAAAAAUGUAGGCAACUACCUAGACAAGGACACUUUACUCACAGAGGCUUCGUCACAUUUAAGUCCUUAUCUUGCGUUAGGAAUUUUAAGUGCAAGAUGUGUUGUCAAUGAAGCAUUCAGAUUGGUGGGGUCAAGAUUAGUUGGCAAAAGUCCCAAAGACAUGACACCAGUGGAACAAUUUAUCAGAGAAGUAGCAUGGAGAGAUUUUUACAAGGACGUAAUUUGUUUUUGGCCCUAUCUCUCAAUGGAUAUUCCAUUUAAUCUUUCUUCCUUAGAGAUUAAGUGGGAUAACAAUUUUUCUAAUUUCCAAAAAUGGUGUUUGGGCAAGACAGGUUUUCCCAUAGUUGAUGCGAUAAUGCGUAAACUUUCACAGGAUGGGUACAUCAACAAUAGGGCGAGAAUGAUAACAGCUUCAUUUCUUUCAAAAAAUUUACUCAUCGAUUGGCGAUGGGGGGAGAAAUGGUUCCGUAAGCAUUUAAUUGAUUGUGAUCUGGCUUCUAAUGUUGGCGGUUGGGGUUUCGUAUCCAGUACCGGAGCCGAUGCUCAACCUUAUUUUAGAGUUUUCAACAUGGAACGACAAAGUAGGGCGUUUGAUCCAAAUGGAGAAUUUAUCAAGAAAUGGGUGCCUGAAUUGAAGAAUUCGAAAAAUGUCCACAGCUCUAUUCAAGAAGUGGAGAGCUAUCCAAAUCCAAUCACCGAUUCUAAGUCAAGCAGACAAAGGGCACUGGAAAUUUACAAUGAGGGACUCUACGGGUAA